GGAACGCCUGCCCUAAAGAUCUAUCGCAAGGACUGCCUUCAUACAGGGAAUGUUCAACUCGGCGCUGGAGGUGGCGAAGUUUGAGGGCGCCGGUGUUCGCACGGUCAGCGGACUCCGCGGACAGAUCAAGAAAGCCGCGCGGGCACCAGAUGGCGCUUUCCGUGCGACGUUCGAGGACAAGAUACUGAUUAGCGACAUUGUGUUCUUGCGGACGUGGUACAGGGUGGAGGUGCCGCACUUCUACAACCUGGUGACGACGUUGUUGUUGCCACGGGAACAGAAGCUGAAGUGGAGCGGGAUGAAGACGUUGGGAGCGCUGAAGAAGGAGAGAGGCCUGCAGUUUGAACCGAACACCGACUCUCUCUACAGGCCCGUCGAGAGAAAGAAGAGAGCAUUCAAGCCGCUAGUUGUGCCAAAGGAACUGCAGAGGAAGCUACCGUUCAAGGACAAGCCCAAGACGUUUGUCAAGAAGAGAGACGAGUUUGAAAGUCAACGCGUCGCGGUCGUGAGGGAGCCACGAGAGGCCAAGAUCGUGAACAUGAUGAAGAUGAUCAAAGCGGUUCACGAACACAAGCUGCGCCAGCGUCGCGUGGCCAUGAGGCAGCGCGUAGAGAAGCACCGGCAGCAGAUGGCGAAGGAGGAGGUCAUACGACUACGCAAGCAGAAGGAACUCAAGAAACACGUGCACAAAGUGCUGGGACAGCUGGAGAAGAAGAAACUGGCAUCGAUGAAGGACUAAUAGCGGAGAGAGGGAGAGAGGGAGAGAAGGAGAGAGAGAGAGAGAGGGAGAGCGAGAGACGAAAAGAGACGCU